UAUUAUUUUGUUGUUGUUGUUAUUCCCGGCGGUUCUGCCGGGUGCGAUUGAAACUUAAUUAGAACUUAGUGUGCCCGGAUGCGUUGCCUAGCGACUGCUACGAUUAAGGAAAAGCAGAGCAAGGCGACGGAAAAUGCCUUGCAUUUCCCACUGACUGACAGGUAGCAAACGUCAAAACCACCACCAACCAGCUCGCUGCUUUACAAUCGCCGGAACAGAAAACGCAUCAGUAGUGUGAAUGUGCCGCCGCAGCCCAACCCUUCUGGCCCGUUACGACUAAGCCCGUUUGCCUUUCGGUCUGAUCUUCGAAAUUAAAUGAGUGUACAAAUCUUCCCGGCAGUGCCUAGCGAAGGAACGCGCGAGCUGUUGAGAUGGUGCUGGUUCAGCUGCGUUCAUUACGCUCCUGGCUGCUAUCGAGCGACCGCAGCCUGCGCGACACAGUGAACAGCAUCUUCUGGUUGAGUUGCGUUUUGGGGCUCGUUUUCCUACAGUUCCGGCGCCUGGUGGAGCGAUUGUUGCGCUUGGGGCGUGUAAAAGUCCGGAAGCAUGGACCGAUCGUAGAGCACCUGUGGAAUAUCUGCUUCUACCUGAGCGCCACCAUCUUUCUGCUGCUCUACCAGAUGCUGUUGAUCCGUCCGGAAGUGAUGCGGGAAAGUGCUAAAUAUUUUCCGCAGUACAACAAUGCCAUCUUUGCUACCGCCUGCGAUCCGGCCAAAUUCGAGAUCCUUACCGUCGUGCUGGUAUCGUUCCGGGUGCUCGGUACGGUUGCGAAGCUGUCCAGCGGGGACUACUCGGUGGCGUUCUCCAGUGCCCUCUGCUCGUGCCUGCUAGUUUGCUGCUUCACGCAACGGCUCGAAAACUACAGCAUCCUGCUCAACCUGUACCUGGCGAUUUACAGCACAUUCGAGGAAUCGUUUCUGCUGUACGCUUCGCAAACGGACCAGAAGCACAACAUCAAGCUGACGGUUUUUGUGCUGGUCAAGUGUGGCACCUGGAUGUAUCUGUUUCUUAACCUGCUACCGUUUGAGUUUCUCAUACCGACGCUUUACACACGCCGGGAGCUGUUUCCGCUCAAGCUUUGCUUCUGGCUCUGGUACUGUUCGUGCGUAUGGAACUCACCGUUGCUGAAGCUGCUUUACCACAAAAUCUACCAUCCACACCCGAACGACUGUGCCGGCGGUGGUUCGGCCGUUCGGUGUAUACUGUCGAACGAUUGGCAAAGCUUCCGACACUUCCGCAACCUCGAACAUGCCUAUCUCGAACUGAAGCUGCACCAAAGCCGCGAAGACGCUAAUACCGCACCAACUAGCGAAAGCAACACAAUGGCCGCGUUCCAAACGAUCAAAUGUGUAGUAACCUUGAAGCGAAAGUUGAAACGUAUGCGCGAAAACAAGGAGCAGUUGGACAAGCAUAAGUAACGCAGUGCACUGUACGCAAUCUCAACGAACACAUGUGAUCUCUCGACCGGAUGAAGAAGGCGUCUUUCCUUCCCAUUAUGUCUGUGCUGUGUCCCUCUGACCUCGAUCCACCCUCGCUACAUCCAUUCCCAAUGCGCAAACAGCAAAACCAUCGUAUAACGACGCCCCGAAUAAUGGAGGUAUAUACUUUAUUGAUAGUUCACCGGAGGAAGAAGGCGAGUAAAACACAUUUCCUAGGAAGGAAAUUUGGAAACACCACCUGGAAGAAGGGGAUGGUGAUGCACCAGUUAUACGUUGUUAGCUCUUUUUAAUAUAACAAACGGGUUUAUGGCAAAACGAUGGAAAA